UUUUUUUUUUUCUUUUUUCUAUGGUGAUAACCAUAUUAUUCAAGUGUCAAUUUCUAUCUUUUCUUCUCUUUUUCUCUUGAUCUUUUUUCAAUAGACCUUACAGUGCAAAGCAUACGAUAUAAAAAGCGAUCCUACGACCAGGUCGAUUCUUUACCUGUAGGACAACAACAUAAAAAGCAAAAGCAACAGGUUGUUUUUUCACCUUCUGUGGUUAUUGAUGCAUUCACCAAAUGUCCUUCAUGUCAUGGCAAAUUAAAUAAGCCAUCCACUUUACCUUGUGGCUAUACUGCUUGUCAUGCUUGUGUCAGUCAACAACGCUGUGUUUCGCCUACUUGUGAUCGUAUGCAUACCACAGCCAUUCAACCCAAUGUCACUGUACAGGCAUUACAAGCGAUUGUUGCAGGUGGAGCUGAGUCACUCGAUAGCUUACGACACAGCUUCAACUUGCCUACUGAAUGCCCUAUCUGUUGCACUCGUUUCAGCAACCCCACUACCACACCUUGUGGACACACUUUCUGUAAAAACUGCCUUGUCCGUUCACUCGAUCACCAACGCUCUUGUCCCUUUUGUCGCGAUAAUCUCGAAUUCUGCCCACCUCCUACCAAGUUGUUAUGCGAUAUUUUAUCACAACUGUAUGUCGAAGAAACACAAGAAGAAGACGAAGAUGCACUUGCUCUGCUUGACCAACACAACCGCGUUCCUCUCUUGAUUGGCAGCAUGGCAGUCCCUCAUGUCAAAUGUGCUAUCCAUAUUUUUGAGCCCCGUUAUCGACUGAUGCUGAGACGCAUCAUGCAAUCCAAUCGACGUCGUUUCGCUAUGUGUCUUGCACGCAGAAACCGUUCUGAAGGACAGACUCCUUUUUACGAAUUUGGUACUAUCCUUGAAAUGACGCAUGUUCAAACCUUACCUGAUGGUCGAUCUAUUGUGGAAGCAGUAGGCUCGCACCGCUUUAGGGUAGCUGACUUUGAACUUGUGGAUGGGUAUCAUAUGGCCACGAUUGAAAGAAUAGAUGAUAUUGAUCGAGAACAAGAAAACAUGCUUGAACAACAACAAAUCUUAAGAGCAAGUGCUUCAAGAGCUCGUCAACAACAACAACUUCAACCCAAGCCAGUCACUCCUCCUCCUCCUCGUCCUUCUAUGGCUCGUCCUCCUGUCAGUAUGGCUGUUCGUCCUAUUCCCGGUAGUAUGCGUGCACCCAUUGGUCGUCCUAUGCCUGGUCAACCUCGUCCUCAAGCACCUACUAUGAUGCCACAAGGGCCUCGUCAAUCUUGGGCUCAACGAGCACAUCCUCAAACUCAAACACCUGUGAAUCGUGCUCCUUGGUUAGCUAUGCAUGUUCGAGGUCUGUCUGCUCAAAGGGCUAAACCAGAACAACAACAACAACAACAACAACAACAAAAGCAACCUAAUGUACCUAUAAUUCCUGAAAAGGCAGUCAAGAAUCGUCAAGAACAAUCUACUGAAGAUAUCUUGAAUGAAUUAGCCACUUUUGUUGAAAAACUCUUGCGCCACAAGAAUGCGAAUCCUGGUGAUAGUAUGGCGACAUGGCUUGGUGCUCUAGGUGAUCCCCCUACAUUACGUGGUCCACAACGUGAUCGAGUGAUUUUUACUUGGUGGAUUGUAAAUAUGAUGCCCUUGGGUGAAGAUGAAAAAUAUCCCCUAUUAGCUAUGCGUACUGUGCGUGAACGCACUUUGCUUAUUAUAUCUUGGGUGGAUCGAUUUGAAGAUCAAUGGUCUUUAUUCCUAAACAAUCCUAUUCAACAUACUUCAUCUCAUCCUAAUCCACCUGUUUCUUGUUGUAUUUCUUAAUUUCCUUCUCAUUCCUUUGAUAUCUAUUUUAUUUAUUCUAUCUAUCUUUAUGCUUUUUAUUAUUAUUCUUUCUUUCUCUCUCUUUUUUAUAUAUAUUUUUUCUAUCUAUGCACUCCUUUAUCACUUUAAGAAAAAGUAUAAUUAUAUGCUUAAGAAUAAUAAUAAACGUAAAAAAAAA